CUCCUGGUCGGGCAGGGAGCAGAGGCGAGAUGGGCGCCCUGGGCCGGGUCCUGCUGUGGCUGCAACUCUGCGCACUGACCCAGGCGGCCUCCAAACUCUGGGUCCCCAACACCGACUUCGAGGUCGCAGACAACUGGAACCAGAACCGGACCCCGUGUGAGGGCGGCGCCGUCGAGUUCCCGGCGGACAAGAUGUUGUCAGUCCUGGUGCGAGAAAGUCACGCAGUCUCAGACCUGCUCCUGCCGCUGGAUGGGGAACUCGUCCUGGCUUCAGGAGCCGGAUUCGGCCUCUCGAACGCGGACUCGCACUGGGACUGUGGCGCCGGCGACCCUGCGGUCUUCCGCGACCCUGACCGCUUCUCCUGGUAUGACCCGCACCUGUGGCGCUCCGGGGACGAGGCACCUGGCCUCUUCUCCGUGGACGCCGAGCGCGUGCCCUGCCGCCACGACGACGUCGUCUUUCCGUCCAGUGCCUCCUUCCGCGUGGGGUUCGGCGCUGGCGCUAGCCCCGUGCGAGUCCGAAGCGUCUCUGCUCUGGGCCGGACGUUCACGAGCGACCAGGACCUGGCUGCUUUCCUGGCGUCCCGCUCGGGCCGCCUUUGCUUCCACGGGCCGGGCGUGCUGAGCGUGGGCCCCGAGGACUGCGCCGACCCGUCGGGAUGCAUCUGUGGCAACGCGGAGGUGAGCGCGGCCGCAGUGGAGUCUCGGGGCCGCGCGAGGGUCGGGACUAUGCCCGGGACCCUCCAUGGCCUCUUGCCCUCUCGCCUCUCGGACGCCUCGCCCUUCUCGCGGCGCUCCGCCCUGGCCCUCCGCGCCGACCACCGCCCCUCGCCCCAGGCGCAGCCGUGGAUCUGCGCGGCCCUGCUCCAGCCCCUGGGCGGCCGCUGCCCCCAGGCCGCCUGCCACGGCGCCCUCCGGCCCCAGGGCCAGUGCUGCGACCUCUGCGGAGCCAUCGUAUUGCUGACCCACGGCCCCGCAUUUGACCUGGAGCGGUACCGGGCACGGGUACUCGGCACCUUCCUGGGCCUGCCUCAGUACCAGGGGCUGCAGGUGGCCGUGUCCAAGGUGCCACGCUCGCCCCGGCUCCGCGGGGCGGACACGGAAAUCCAGGUGGUGCUGGCAGAAAUGGGGCCCGAGAUGGGCGGCGCGGGGCGGCUGGCCCGGGCCCUCCUGGCGGACGUCGCCGAGCACGGCGAGGCCCUCGGCGUCCUGGCGGUGACCAUGCGGGAGUCCGGCGCGCACGUCGGUGUCGGCUCCGCGGCUGGACUGGUGGGCGGCGUGGCGGCCUCACUGCUGCUGGCGCUGCUGGUGCUGCUGGUGGCGCUGCCGCUGCUGCGCCGCGCGGGGAGGCUCAGGUGGAGGAGGCGCGAGGAGGCCGUCCCGGCCGGGGCGCCCCUGGGCUUCCACAACCCGGUGUUCGACGUGGCGGCUUCCAAGGAGCUGUGCCGCCCCAAGGAUGCCCCCCGCUCAGGUUCAACACUUCCUCAGCAGCAUUCCGUGACCUCCGAGUUACCCAGAAUAGCUUCCACUGGCAAGGUGGCUCCUUCACUGCCUGUUGGAGCUCAGGCACUUCUGGGACCCAGACAGACACACACAGGUGACACGUUAUCACAUCCAGACGGACUGCUGGGAACUUUAAAACUGCCGUCUUCUGCUUUAUUGACAGGUAAAUUGUUCAAAAAUGUUCUCACGAUUCAAUAAUUACAAAGACUCAGACUUACAUUAAAAAAGUAAAAACCAGAACCCCCCUGCAGGUGCCUGUCCAGCAGAAGGCCCAGGAGGGCAGUGGGGUGGGCAGGGCUGGCAGGGCUGGGCCAGUCCGUGCCGACUUGGGGAAGCGCACAUCCUGAACAGCCUUGCCAAGCAGCCGACCGGUGGGAGGACAGGGGAGGCCCAGCCCAAGCUGCGGACAAGUUGUGUCUGCCGCAACAGUUAACCACAAGCCUCUGAUGACACAGGGCCACAGAGCCAGUCACUCAACAUCUGACACAAAGGAGGGUGAGGUGAAACACACGAGAAGGGCAUCGCCCCGCUGUAGGCCAGGGCCAGUGUGCAGGAGUGUGUUGGGUGGGUCUACGUGAUCAUAAGGGUUACUAAUCACCAGGGCUCCAUGCGGGGGCGGGGGGUGGGGGGCAGGUGGGGUGGGGUGUCCCAGUGGCUGCAGCCUGGCUCCCUGGGGCUCUGGCCUCCUCUCAGCCCAGCAGGCUGCAGCGCCUGCCUGCACCACGACUCUUGCUGGUUUUAUGGCAGGAGGCAGAAGCCUUGGAAGCCAGUGGAAAGCGGAGAGCAUAGCUGACUUCACAGUAGUAGAUACUGGUGACACUUCAUGGCUGUAACCCAGAAUGAAGCUGACACACACAGGGACACAGGGUGUCACUGGUCCCGGGCCUCUGUCCAUGACCAGGUGGUCAGCAGCACUUCUGCAGCUGACUAUGCAAUGGCUAAAUGAAUAAAAAGGCCACAAACUAACCUCCACUUUCCUCUGUCUUCAAAAUUCUAGUGACACUGGGAAUGCUAGACGACCUCUUACUAUUCUCCUAAGGUCCUAGGGUUUCAGGAACUAGGGAAAGACUGGGUACUGAGGCUGUGUCCCCAGCUGUUUGCUUCCGAAGCAGCCGUAUUAUGACGGGUUUCUGCUGAGGAAGUGGCGUUAGCAGGGCCCCACACGCCUUCUCGGGCUGUCAGGGGUGGGAGAGGGACUGUGUGGGGUCCUUCAUGUGCAGACGGGACGUGUCGCCUCACAGCUGUGCAGACGAACGGAUCUGGUCUACUGCCACGAACAAUGCGGCAUAAAACUGAUCAAUAUUAUAAUAAAGAUUUGUCUUCAUCUCC